UCUUGUAGGAAGUAGAGAGGAUAAGGAGAGAAAGGGUUGAAAUAUGGUACAACUAAAUUCGGACUUUUACAGUUAAGUAUCAAAACUUCACCAACUGACUUAAUUGUAGAGGAGUUAGCCAUCGACUUUUAAUAUAAUAACUUCGAGGACCUUGAUAAUAAUUGAAUCAGAUUGCUUUGCAACAAAUGUUGGACGUUAGUCUUUUUCUCUUAUAUUGUCAAAACCUUGUAGAGCUAUCUGAUCCACUUCUUUAUCAACAGCAAAUGGAGAACACAUACCCUGGAUCUAAUAUCUUGUCCGUCACAUUGACAAAUGGGGAAUCUAAUCGUGUGGAAGCUCAAGCCGAUGAAGACACCUUGAGAGAAGCUAUGGAGGUGCUCAGGGAAAUGUUUGGACCCAAUAUUCCUGAUGCCAUUGAUAUACUGGUUCCUCGAUGGUGGAAUAACAGGUUCCAACGUGGCAGCUACAGCAACCAUCCCAUCAUCUCUAAUACCCAACUAGUUCAUGAUAUUAAGGCUCCAGUAGGUCGCAUUUUCUUUACUGGAGAACACACGAGUGACAGAUUUAGUGGCUACGUGCAUGGUGCAUACCUCGCAGGUAUUGAUUCUAGCAAAGAGCUACUGGAAGAAAUGAGAAAGAGACAAACUCCAUUAUUUUAAGCCCCUGCUAGUAUUGACCGAAUGCAAUAUUCCCAGACAAUUAUAUCCCAGGGGCAAGCUUCGGAUAGCAGAAGCCAAAUUAUGAUUACAUCGACCUGCAGAAAAUCCCUUUCAUUAGACGAAGAUGAAUGAAGCGUGAAUAAUGAGAAUCAUCAUGACCUGGAGGUGGGUCUGG